CAAAGGAACCCACCUCCACUCCCACCAGCAAGCUCAAGCAAGCAGCCACCACCAGCAGCGAUCAGCGGCAGCCAUGGACAUGGGCCGGCACCAGCUCCAGCUCCAGCACGCGGCCUCCUCGUCCUCCACCUCGGCGUCGUCCUCGUCCGAGCAGGACAAGCCGCUCUGCUGCUCUGGUCCCAAGAAGCGCCCCGCGGGGCGCACCAAGUUCCGGGAGACGCGGCACCCGGUGUUCCGCGGCGUGCGGCGGCGGGGCGCCGCGGGGCGGUGGGUGUGCGAGGUGCGCGUCCCCGGGCGGCGCGGCGCGCGGCUGUGGCUCGGCACCUACCUCGGCGCCGAGGCGGCGGCGCGCGCGCACGACGCCGCGAUGCUCGCCCUGGGCCGCGGCGCGGCCUGCCUCAACUUCCCCGACUCCGCGUGGCUGCUCGCCGUGCCGCCCCCGCCCGCGCUCUCGGGCGGCCUGGACGGCGCCCGCCGGGCCGCGCUCGAGGCCGUCGCGGAGUUCCAGAGACGCCGCUUCGGGGCGGCAGCCGCCGACGAAGCGACCUCGGGCACGUCUCCUCCCUCCUCCUCCUCCUCGGCGACGAAGCCGGCGCCGGCGAUUGAGCGCGUGCCUGUGGAGGCCAGUGAGACGGUGGCGUUGGACGGCGCCGUGUUCGAGCCCGACUGGUUCGGGGACAUGGACUUGGACUUGUACUAUGCCAGCCUCGCGGAAGGGCUGCUCGUGGAGCCGCCGCCACCGCCACCGCCCGCCGCCUGGGAUCAUGGUGACUGCUGCGACUCCGGAGCUGACGUCGCGCUCUGGAGCUACUAGCAAGCUAUAGCAGCAAUAAGCUCCACCAACUCAUCUGUACUGUAGUGUACUUGUACCUUGUACCUUGUACCAAAAUCCAAAUUGAUUUGUAGCGAAUUAACUUACC